AUGGAUCCAAAAUCCAGACGUCAAGCACAGCUGUCAGUUAUUAAUCAAAUACGUUUGUCCGGUCAAAGUCUGAACGAUGAAAGUGAGGAAUCAUUAGAAGAUGAACAAGGAAAAAUGGGCGUUAAAGCUAAACCUGAUACUGAGCCGAUCAAUUUCGGAGACAAAAUUAUUCUAAACGAUCUUAUGGAUGUCUUCGAAUUAUGUAAGGCGAAAUGUGGUCUAAAACAGCUAAGUUGCCUGCUUUAUAUGACGCUCCGUCAUCUUGGCAUUAAAUGGAGAGAUUGUAAUGCCUUUAUGACGGAAGUCGGUGCCUUUACAAGUGAAACCGCCCGUAAAUGGACGGAACUCUUCAUUUCAGGUGAUUCUGAAGAGUUUAACAGCGAAAAUCGAUGCAACAAACAGUUUGGUGAUUUUUAUGAUUAUUUUCCUGACAUCGAAAUUGAAGCGAAACUCUUUACUCUCAAUCGCUGUUCCCAAAAAAAUGCUGAUUUUAAUGCUUCUGACUUGGCAAAUUUUGUCGAUCAGAAAUUUUAUGAAGUUUCAAACAUUACAAAAAGUGCUGAUAAUGGUCUGAUCCGUUCAAUUUCUUCUUGCCGAUUGGACCUGAGACGUUGGGGAGCGAAAUUUGACAAGAAUUCACAGAGACCAUAUUUUGAGGGACAUGAACGCAGUGAUGUAGUUGAGCAUCGAGCUCGAUUUAUUGAUUACUUUCUUGAUCGUAAAGAUUAUUAUUACACAAUUAGUGAAGGUGACAAUCCAAAAUGGAUCAUGCCAACACAACAGCCACCAUGUGUACUUUUGUGUAAGUCUUAUGGCAGGUCACUGAAGCAGUAGAAUAUUAUCCAGGGUUUUCCUCUACUAUUUUAGUUGGUUUAAACUAUAUUUAUUUGAAGAUAAAGAAAUUCUAAUAACCCUCGAACUAAAGCGGCAAAUUGCUAUUACAUAGUUCAAGGAGUUAUUUACAAGGUGUUACUCUUUUCCAUAAGAAAAACAACAAAAAUAAAAUAAAACUAAAUAUAGGUGAAAGACGAGAAAAAAGGCUGCGGGUACC